AUGCACGCAAUUUACAGCACCCUCCUUCUUGCCGCGGCCCUGGCCAACGCCGUUAAGAUCACUUCCCCCGUCAAAAACGAGAAAGUCGACCUCGAUGAUGGCGUGACCGUCCGUUGGGAGACCGUCAGCACCGACCCGGCCCAAGCCAAGCUGCGCCUGGUCAACCUUGCCGGCGGCCACACCCCCUUCGAGCGGGACAUCGCCACCGUUGACCUGUCUAAGGGCAGCUACGUCGUCAAGCUGGACGAGGUGCCCAACGACGGCGGCUACCAGUUUAACUUUGAGAGCGUCGAGCCCGGCAACACGGGUAUCCUUGCCCAGUCGGAGCAGUUCGAGGUUAUCGACUCGGGCGAUGCUACCGAUGAUGAGGAUGAUGUGAAGAGUUCGUCUACUUCUUCUGCCUCUACUGCUACUACUUCUUCGGCGACGACCACCAAGGCCUCGUCGGAGACGUCGUCUGAGACGGCUACUGAUGCGACUAUUGCUUCGACAGCCACGACCCUGACGACUGCUACCACCACCGGCACGGCUACUGGCGCCUCUGUGACCUCGUCGGGUGCUGCUUCGACGUCGACUAGCACCGGUGCUGCCCCCGUUGCUACCGCUGGCAGCAUGCUUGCACUGGCAGCUGCUGGUAUCUUUGCCGUCCUGGCUUAA